UCGUUUGAAUUACAAUGUCGCGCAAUGCUUGGCGGUUCCCAAUUAGUUCCACAUGGCUGCAUCGAGAGGAAUGCAGUAGUGAAUCACAAUCGACGUUUCGCAGUGCAAAAAUUCUACGAAGAACUUCGGAACGUCCCAGCGGAGCAACAUCCACUUUCGCCAGCAUAUCCGUCGUCGAAGUCCACGAAGCUACUAAUUGGCUGCUUGUCGUUAUGUAUGCUACGUAGGCAGCAUAAUCAGGCCGAACGGUUCGUUGGUUUGAGUGUCGGUGCUAUUCCCUUUCUUGGUGACAACAUGACAUAUCAAGUGACUGAAGAGGAUACCGGUGAUGAACCUGCGGAUCAAUUGCCUGUUCAGCAGCGUGCCACGCCGCGCCCGUCGGAUAAUGGCAACUACCAGAGUAACCUUGCUCUAUCUUCGACUACGGUUUUUGCUCGCAGCAAAAGUGAUCUGAAUUUGGCCAGCGGUGACACAGUGAGUAAUUCACCAACCACAUCCAGUGGCUAUGUAGACCCACGAGCUCUGGGCUACUCCUCGAGUACAAUGGUUCCCUUGGCUAGACCAACGAACAACAGAAUUCGCAGGGCUGCUUCAAUUCUACCACCAAUCCCGCCAAGAUCUUCUAGAGACAUGGACGUUAUGGUCCACCGGCGAGCCAAUUCCAAUUCCGAAUCCAAUCCGUACGACUUUUCCAAAAGUAUCGCCGAGUCGGCCAUGGACAUCUCUCUGUUGACAGCUAAUGCCAACCAGCUGAGACUGCUCAUUACCUACAACCAAGGGUCACAGACAUAUAUGGCGUGUAUAACGUUCAUCAUUAUGUCCCUGGUAUUGCAGAUGUUGGUCGCCGUCACUAUGAUCAUUGUUUCAUUGAUGAAACAAAACCUCAUGGACACAACUCGCCAGAAGCUGAAGAUCAUCACCUCCGUAGGGGUGGCAAUCAUAACGAUGAUCAAUAUCCUAGUGGCGUCGCUCGUGGUGGCAGAAGCACCCAAUUCAAUGGCCACUACUGCAGCCGGUACCAUUAUGAUGAUGGAAACUAUGCCGGCGACUUUUGCUGCUGUUAGUACGACAGCUAUGCCAUUGACCACCACUACCAUGGGAGCCAGUGCCAGCACCAUCAGCAGCACGGUGGAAACCAUGCUAGAUGGGGGUUUGAGUACGCUGGCAUCGAGCUUGCUCGCCAAUGUUACUGGAACGUGAUUCGGCUUUAUGUCGAUGAAAUAGAAAAAAACGAUGGAAUAAUCCGGAAACAAAUUUCCAAGAUGUGAAUCGAAAUGUUCGUCUCAAUUGACGGAUUGAAGAUAAGUUUGAACAGAGAUAAAACGAUAAUCAAUAAUCUACUGAGAUAAUCUUAACAAAAGUAAAAUAAACGUUAUUUUCUCUUUUCUGGGUAA